AGUUCCGCGCAGGCGCGCUUUGUUCUUCACAAUAAAGGACACGGCAGAAUUGUGCAGUCUAGACGACAACUUCUGUGUCCGUUUCAAAUAUAUUACUACUGGUAUGUAAUAGCACGUUAUAAUAUCGAAAAAACAUGUCAUAACAUGCUAGGUAACAACUACGUCAAGGUAUUAUCACGUUUGAUGAAGGUUUUAUGUGCUAUUUUUGUGUCAAACCGCGUGAGUGAACGUGGUCACUUUUUUUUUACAAGUCACAUAGUUUGGGUUAGUCUGAGUGGAUGUAUAUCAUUUUCUCAAGACCGACUCAGAUUAAGUCUGAGGCCGGUAACAUCAACAGUGAAGACAAACCCAGCCUGCCUCUCUCCUUCCACACUGUGUCCAAACCUACAGUCACUGGGUCCUGAUUGUGACAGUGGAGCCCAGUUUGCACUGCAGGAUCCAGAGAUGGCAUCAGUGAAGCUGGAAGACUGCAGUCAAACACUGGAGCUGAAUGUCAACAUUAAAGAUGAAGAAGAGGAGGAGAAGAUUGAGAAAUCUGUUUCUCAUGACUCAGGUAUGAGGUCGAUAACAUCAACAGUGAAGACAAACCCAGCCCUCCUCUCUCCUUCCACACUGAGUCCAAACCUACAGUCACUGGGUCCUGAUUGUGACAGUGGAGCCCAUUUUGCACUGCAGGAUCCAGAGAUGGCAUCAGUGAAGCUGGAAGACUGCAGUCAAACACUGGAGCUGAAUGUCAACAUUAAAGAUGAAGAAGAGGAGGAGAAGAUUGGGACAUCUGUUUCUCAUGACUCAGGUAUGAGGCCGGUAACAUCAACAGUGAGGACAAACCCAGCCUGCCUCUCUCCUUCCACACUGAGUCCAAACCUACAGUCACUGGGUCCUGAUUGUGACAGUGGAGCCCAGUUUGUACUGCAGGAUCCAGAGAUGGCAUCAGUGAAGCUGGAAGACUGCAGUCAAACACUGGAGCUGAAUGUCAACAUUAAAGAUGAAGAAGAGGAGGAGAAGAUCGGGAAAUCUGUUUCUCAUGGACGACUAGAAUUAAGUCUGAGGCCAGUAACAUCAACAGUGAGGACAAGCCCAGCCUGCCUCUCUCCUUCCACACGGAGUCCAAACCUACAGUCACUGGGUCCUGAUUGUGACAGUGGAGCCCAGUUUGCACUGCAGGAUCCAGAGAUGGCAUCAGUGAAGCUGGAAGACUGCAGUCAAACACUGGAGCUGAAUGUCAACAUUAAAGAUGAAGAAGAGGAGGAGAAGAUUGGGGAAUCUGUUUCUCAUGGAGACCAUGUUGAGACAUUCUCUACAUCCAGAGAGCAACAGCAGGAAGAUCACAGAGCUAAGAGGUCUCACCACUGCCCACAUUGUGAGGAGAGUUUCCCAAUUCUAUCAAAUCUAAAAACACACCUAAAAAUACACACAGACCAGAAUCUGUAUUCCUGCACAGAUUGUGAGAAGAGAUUCACAACAUCACAUGUUCUGACAGCUCAUCAGAAAGUGCACACUGGAGAGAAGCCAUACUUCUGCUUUGUCUGUGGGGAGAGUUUCUCUCAACAGGGCCAUCUAAAAACCCACCAUCGAAUACACACAAGAGAGAAGCCAUACUCCUGCUUUGACUGUGGGGAGAGUUUCUCUCAACAGGGCCACCUAAAAACCCACCAACGAAUACACACAGGAGAGAAGCCUUACUCCUGCUCUGACUGUGGAAAGAGUUUCUCUCAACUGGGCAGCUUAAAAACACACAAACGUAUACACACAGGAGAGAAGCCUUACUCCUGCUCUUACUGUGGGGAGUGUUUCUCUCAACUGGGCAACUUAAAAACACACGAACGUAUACACACAGGAGAGAAGCCUUUCUCCUGCACUGACUGUGGGAAGAGCUUCACAACAUCACAAGCUCUGACAGUUCAUCAGCGAGUGCACACUGGAGAGAAGCCUUACUACUGCUCUGAAUGUGGAAAGAGUUUCUCCCAAUUGGAUAUGUUAAAAUGUCACCAACGAAUACAUACAGGAGAGAAGCCUUACUCCUGCUCUGACUGUGGUAAGAGUUUCUCUCAACUGGGCAACUUAGAAGCACACCAACGUAUACACACAGGAGAGAAGCCUUACUCCUGCUCUGAGUGUGGGAAGUGCUUCACAACAUCAGCUGAGCUAAAAGUUCAUAAAAGAUCACACACAGGAGAGAAGCCUUACACCUGUUCUGACUGUAGAAAGAGUUUCUCCCGAUUGGAUAUGUUAAAAUGUCAUCAGCGAAUACAUACAGGAGAGAAGCCUUAUUCCUGCUCUGACUGUGGAAAAAGGUUCUCCCAACUGGGCAACUUAGAAGCGCACCAACGUAUACACACAGGAGAGAAGCCUUACUCCUGCUCUGACUGCGGGAAGAGUUUCUCCCGAUUGGAUACCUUAAAACGCCACAAAUGUAUACAUAAAGGGCAGAAGCCUCAUCAGUUCUCUCAGACCAGCUAAGAGAUAAAGUCACUCCAUCACUUAAAGAUGCACUAUGUAGAAAUCACUCCACCAUUUCCUGUGUGUUCAAAUUGCAAUAGUUCUAAAAUAAGCAGUCAUUGUGUCACAGCUAAAAAAAUCUAAACCGCUGUGAAAUAUAUUUUCCAUGAUCAAAAUAUUGUAUUUUCAGCUGUUGUACAAAAAUGGAAGUAAAAAAACUAAACUUCAGAACGGGAAGCAUAGAAAUAGUGCACAUAGAACAGAUCUACUGCUUCUUAGACCGAGAGAAGCCUUACUCCUUGUCUGACUGUGGAAAAGGCUUCACAGCACUGGGUAAUCUAAAAGUUAAUCAGCGAACACACACUGGGGAAAAGCUUGUGUGUACUGCACUGCCUGUGGGAAUAUUUUAUCUCUGUUGGACACCUUAGCUAGGCUUGGGUGUUAUCCAGAUUGUCGUACCUUCAUAUUGACCUUGUGCCAUACCAGAAUAUUAGGUAACUGCACGCAAAAAUAUAUAUAUAUAUUAGACAGCAUAUAAUAGACAGCAUCCAGGAGAAGUUAGCUAACUAACUACUAAAUUAGCAAACCAAAUGCACAACUGCAGAGCAUUUAGCACAUUUUAGACUGUUAACUUAAAGGGAUAUUCCUCAUCUCCAGCACCACCCCAACAUCAACAUGUGAAUAUUGCGUGUUUCUGUAGUAAAAAAAAGAUUGAGGAAGAUAAGUGUUUCUAAUGACAUCAUCGGUGUGCAUCGUGUGAUUUUUUUUUUGGACCAAUUUAUGAGGAGGCAUUGCCUACUAAUUGGUUGAUGAUGCCAUUUUCACAUGUUGAUGUUUGGUUGGUGCUUCAUUUCCCUUUAAUAGAGCUAGUUAUAAGAUAUGAUAUAUUUGUCACAUAUAUGUACCGACAGAUGUAGCCUAUUGAAUAUGAUAAAAUAUGCAUUAAAUGCAUCCUCCAAUUGUAAAGUCUGUCUAUGCCUAUACAGGAGACAGUGUUGAGAGCAACAGCAUGAAGAGAGCAAAGAGGUCUCACCACCGCCACUUCUCUCAGAACAGUUAAGAUUAGAGUCUUAAAAUAAGUUGUAACAGUAAAUUGGAUCAAAUGAAGAAAGUGUAGAACACUAUUGUAAUCCUAUUGUUUCUCAUUGUGAGAAAACUGUGCAGAGGAAAGGGAGUGUUUAUAGAAUGUUAGCCUCUCUUUACUUUACAUAUCACUGUGCACCUUGUCUGUUUUGGUGUGUUUUGUUAGCUUCUAAUGUAAAGAUAUUCAAAUCUAAUCUAAUCAAAUUUUAUUUGUCACAUACACAUGGUUAGCAGAUGUUAAUGCGAGUGUAGCGAAAUGCUUGUGCUUCUAGUUCCGACAAUGCAGUAAUAACCAACAAGUAAUCUAGCUAACAAUUCCAAAACUACUACCUUAUAGACACAAUAUAUUGAGAUGACCUUGGAUUUUCAGUUAAUGUUAAAUAUCUUCUGUGAGGCUUCUCAUUUUAAAAACAAACAUUUUAUAGUUUAACAGUUGACAUGGUGGUACUGCUUCCCUCUCAGCCUGGUCUAACUCUUUCUGUGGGGAGAGUUUCAACUGGUCAGCUUAAAAACACACCAACUGUAUACACACAGGAGAGAAGCCUUACUCCUGCUCUUUGGAUGGCUGGGCGUAUAACACGAACAUCUAGCAACCCAAAGGUUGCAUGUUUGAAUCUCAUCACAGAUGACUUUAGCUUAUUUUAGCUAAUAAGCAACUUUGCAACGUCUUACUCCUUUUUAGAUACUACUUAGCAUGUUAGCUUAGCAAGCCGCUCCUUAGCAUGUUAGCUUAGCAUGCCGCUCCUUAGCAUGUUAGCUUAGCAUGCCACUCCUUAGCAUGUUAGCUUAGCAUGCCGCUCCUUAGCAUGUUAGCUUAGCAUGCCGCGCCUUAGCACGUUAGCUAAAAGUUUUUCCCCUAACCCUAAACUUAACCCAAAGCAUAGCCACCUAGCUAGCAUUAGCAACAAUAAAUUGUAAUUCGUAACAUAUUGAACAUUUGUAACAUAUUUUACAAAUUCCAAUUCAUAACAUAUCAUAUAAAUUGUAAUUUAUACGUCCUACAAUUUCUAUUCUACAUUACAUGACCAAAAGUAUGUGGACACCUGCGCAUCGAACAUCUCAUUCCAAAAACAUGGGUAUUAAUAUGGAGUUGGUCCCCCUUUUGCCGCUAUAACAGGCUCUUCCGGGAAGGCUUUCCACCAGAUGUUGGAACAUUACUGUGGGCACUUGCUUUCAUUCGGGUUGUCCCUCUAAAGUUCUCUGUGGGAAUGAACUAGUAGACACGACAUGUAUCAGAUAGAGAUGAUCAGUUUUCAACAUUAGUUUGGGGGGAUUAUUUUUGCUAUUAAACAACUGUUUAAUGAUACACAGGUUAUGAAACUACUACAUGUGUUUAUUAAGUUAUCUUUUAAAAACAUUUGUUUUAGUCAUUGAUAAUGAAUGUGUUUGGAUAACUGCAUAAGUUAAGUUAAUUGAUCUGCUAAUUAAAAAUAAAGUUACAUGAAUUUGUACUGGUCAAACUCUUCUGUUUUGUAUUCAGUUCUUCCAUUAUAGAUCUGACAGUAUGAAUGGUUCUUAUGGUUGUAUUCAGUUCUUCAUAUUAGAUCUGACAGUAUGAAUGGUUCUUAUGGUUGUAUUCAGUUCUUCAUAUUAGAUCUGACAGUAUGAAUGGUUCUUAUGGGCUGAGUGCCUGGAGUGUUUUGGUAUGACUACAGUCAGGAGUUCUCUCUGACGCUGUGAUGUCACCAGGACAGAACCACAUGUCUCUAUAACACUCCAGGCCAGGUGGCAGUGAUGCGCCUUUAACGUUGGUCUGAACAACACCAAUAAACAUCAAACAAGAAGAACGCACUCUCAGUGAUCAUGCCCCCUCCCCAUGCUGCAAAGCAAUCGAGAGCAAUAGUAAUGGUCUUUUUGUAGGC